AUGGCGAAGAGCAACAUCAAGUUCAAGAAGGGAGAGCUGCUGGGCGCGGGAUCCUUUGGGCAGCAGGUAUUCCUGGGGUUGAACGAGGCGACGGGGGAGCUGCUUGCAGUGAAGGAGGUGGACUGCUCUAAGGCCGGAGAGUCGGCGAUCGCUGAGCUGGAGGCUGAGAUCAAACUGCUGCAGCAGCUGCGGCACCCCAACAUCGUCGCCUACUAUGGGGUGCAGCGAGACAAAGGAAUCUCCGUGCUCGUCGAGUACUGCGCGGGAGGAUCCAUCGCCUCCGUCAUCGCGACCUUCGGGGCGCUGAACGAGCAAGUGGUUCGAUCCUACACGCGGCAGAUCCUGCUCGGGCUGGACUACCUUCACAAGCACUGCAUCCUCCAUCGCGACGUGAAGUGCGCUAACGUGCUGCUUGACGCCGACGGGAACGUGAAAGUCGCUGACUUCGGAGCCUCACGGAACCUGUCCUCCAUCAAUGCGCAGAUGUCUAUGAAGGGAACACCUUUCUUCAUGGCUCCUGAGGUUAUCAAGCAGAGUCACAUCGGGAGACAGUCUGACUUAUGGUCUCUCGGCUGCUGCGUCGUAGAGAUGUGCACGUCGAAGCCUCCCUUCGCCAAUCAGUUCUCCAACGUUGCUGCUCUCUUCUGGCACAUCGUGCGGACUGUCGCGCCUCCUGUUCUCCCUCCCACCCUCUCCCAAGAGUGCCAAGACUUCUGUGCCCUGUGCUUCCGCAGAGACCCGCAAGAACGACCUUCUGCUCGCCGCCUCCUCCGUCAUCCCUUCGUCGCCAAGUGGAACGUGGAGGCGAAGCAGCGGAACCCCCCGGCUACGGGGCAGAACGAGGACACGCGACUUUCAGUGGCAGGGAACCGGAGGAUCUCGGCGCUGUUCUAG